CGAGAAACGUCCUUUUCCGGUAAAUCGCCAUCAUGGGUAUCUCCAGAGAUAAAUGGCACAAGAGGAGGAAGACGGGAGGGCGUAUGGCCCAGUUGCACAAGAAGAGGAAGUUUGAGUUGGGACGCCCUGCCUCGAACACCAAGCUUGGCCCCCAGAGAAUCCGAACUGUGAGAACCAUGGGUGGAAACAAGAAAUUCCGUGCUCUUAGGUUAGACAAAGGAAACUUCUCUUGGGGAUCAGAGGCUAUUACCAGGCAGACUCGUAUCAUCGAUGUUGUCUACAAUGCCAGUAACAACGAGCUUGUGAGAACUAAGACACUUGUCAAAAGCUGCAUCAUCCAGAUUGACGCCACCCCCUUCAGACAGUGGUACGAGGCCCAUUAUGCCCUUCCCCUGGGCAGAAAGAAGGUUGCCAAGCUGUCAGAGCAAGAAGAAUCUGUUUUGAACAAGCUGCAGUCUGCUUCAAAGAAACUCGUGAAAAAAUACAAAGAACGACAAAAGGUCGGAAAGGUGGAUACUGCCUUGGAAGAAGAGUUUUCAUCAGGACGUGUUCUAGCUAAGAUUGCAUCCAGACCAGGUCAGUGUGGUCGCUGUGACGGUUACAUUCUGGAGGGUAAGGAGCUGGAAUUCUACCUAAGGAAGCUCAAGACCAAGAAAGGGAAAUAAACUUAAUUUAUACACCUGUGAUGACUGUGCCAGAAUAAAGGGGAGACAAAUCA